AAAGAAAAGAUGGCCACUCAAGUGACAACAACCUCAGCAUCUCCAAAGACCUCACGCCCCCUCAAGAGAGCGCCAACGCCACAUUUGAACCACUCUCCCGGUUCUUCUACGCACGUGUUGUCCAAUCUCUGUCACCCGCCCAGCCAAACCAGUCGCCAUAGUUGCUGGAUUGAGAAGAAGAUCCCUCAAGGCCUGCGCGGCUAAGCUUUUGCCCAAGUAUCCUUCUUCUCUUUAGUGGAGAAGUAGGAAGCAGUCAUCGAAAGAGCCGCUUUAGCUUUGGCCCCAGAGUUUGGUGGCCUAGCUGGAUUGGAUAUUUGGGUGCUGCCUACCUCGUUCUCCAGAAGUCGUCUGAUUCUUGGCCUAGUCCUUUGAGCAGUUGCUCUCUUCAUUGUCAUCCAGGACUUCCCAUGCACAGUUAACAGAAUCGUUGUACGCUUGGUGGACAGGAAGACUCUCUGAGGUGCACGUCAUCGGAGCGACGCCAUGGGAGAGGUCGCAGACAUGUACACCCAAGACGGGACCGUCGACAUCAAGGGGAACCCCGCUGUGAGGAAGGGCACCGGCAACUGGCGCGCCUGCCCUUACAUCCUCGCGAACGAGUGCUGCGAGAGGCUGGCGUACUACGGCAUGAGCACCAACCUGGUGAACUACAUGAAGACCCGCCUCGGCCAGGGGAACGCCGUCGCCGCCAACAACGUCACCAACUGGGGGGGCACCUGCUACAUCACGCCGCUCAUCGGGGCCUUUUUGGCCGACGCCUACAUGGGAAGAUACUGGACCAUCGCCAGCUUCAUGAUCAUCUACAUCUUCGGGUUGGCGCUCCUGACAAUGGCGUCCUCGGUGAAGGGGCUGGUGCCGUCGUGCGACAACGGGACGUGCCACCCGACGGAGCCGCAGACGGCGGCGGUGUUCGUGGCGCUGUACCUGAUCGCGCUGGGCACGGGCGGGAUCAAGCCGUGCGUGUCGUCGUUCGGCGCCGACCAGUUCGACGAGAACGACGAGGGCGAGAAGCGGAGCAAGAGCUCCUUCUUCAACUGGUUCUACUUCUCCGUCAACAUCGGAGCGCUGGUGGCGUCGUCGGUGCUGGUGUACGUGCAGACGCACGUCGGCUGGAGUUGGGGCUUUGGCAUCCCCGCCGUCGUCAUGGCCGUCGCCGUCGUCAGCUUCUUCUUCGGCACGCCUCUGUACCGGCACCAGCGGCCCGGGGGCAGCCCUCUCCCGCGCAUCGCGCAGGUGCUCGUCGCGUCUGUGGGCAAGUGGAACGUGGCCGUGCCCACGGACAGCUCGGCGCUGCACGAGACCCUGGACAGGGAGUCCGGCAUCGAAGGGAGCCGUAAGCUCGAGCACACUGACCAGUUCAGGUUCCUUGACAAGGCCGCGGUGGAGACGGCAGAGGACAAGGCGGCGGGGCGCGCGGCGAGCGCGUGGCGGCUUUGCACGGUGACGCAGGUGGAGGAGCUGAAGAGCGUGGUGCGGCUGCUGCCCAUCUGGGCGAGCGGGAUCGUGCUCGCCACGGUGUACGGGCAGAUGAACACCAUGUUCGUGCUGCAGGGCAAUACGCUGGACCCGCACAUGGGCCCCCACUUCAGCAUCCCCGCGGCGUCGCUCUCCAUCUUCGACACGCUCAGCGUCAUCGUCUGGGUGCCCGUCUACGACUGCCUUAUCGUGCCUGCCGUGCGCUCCAUCACCGGCCGGCCGCGCGGGUUCACGCAGCUGCAGCGCAUGGGCAUCGGCCUCGUCAUCUCCAUCUUCUCCAUGCUCGCCGCGGGCACGCUCGAGGUGGUCCGGCUGCGCACCAUCGCGCGGCAAGGCCUGUACGGGGCCAAGGACAUCGUGCCCAUCUCCAUCUUCUGGCAGGUGCCGCAGUACUUCAUUAUCGGCGCCGCGGAGAUCUUCACCUUCGUCGGCCAGCUCGAGUUCUUCUACGACCAGGCGCCCGACGCCAUGAGGAGCAUGUGCUCCGCGCUGUCGCUCACCACCGUCGCCCUCGGCAGCUACCUCAGCACGGUGCUGGUGACCAUCGUGACGCGCAUCACCACCAGGCACGGCAAGCUCGGGUGGAUCCCGGACAACCUCAACCUCGGCCACCUCGACUACUUCUUCUGGCUCCUCGCCGUGCUCAGCCUCCUCAACUUCAUCGUCUACCUCGUCAUUGCCAGCUGGUACAAGUACAAGAAGACGGCGGAUUACCCCGCCAAGGAGAGCACAACCGAGAGCACUGAUGGAUGAGCGUAGCACCAAUCAGUACAGACUGACUGCUGAACAGAGAAAGUGAAGCUGAAGCUGAAGUGAUUUCUCUAUGCUAUUUGGCUUUGUGUUCUUGUGUCAAUGCGUUGGUGCAUGCUCAAAAUCAGCUCUUGAAAGAAGAUGAAAGCAAGAAGAAAUUGUACUUCAGACGGGUAAAUGGUGUCAUUUGUGACGUUGAAGAAUGUUCUAUGACAAAGUUCAAUGUAGUGCGUGUCAAAUUAGUUGUUUA